AUGCCUCCUGCAGCUGUCAAGCCUAGCCCAACCCAAAAGGUCGCCACACCGGCAUUGAACAAUGAACACUGGGGCGAGACCGUACCGGUCACACAAGUUGAUAUUCCGGGCCAAUCAUGCCUCUUAUGCCGAGUCCAAGGAGCAGAUUGCCACUAUCAAGAGGAACCCGGAAACGAGCUGUCUGCUGCUCACGGCCAGGGCCCUGCUGCAUGGCUCUCGGACCCCGUUGGUGAUGGCUUCCCCACAGGCCAGAAACGCAAGCGCUCUCCAGACACUGUUUCCCCUCCAAUGACCUCCCGUCGGGAGGAUGACAUGUCUGAAGUCCGGCGGUCCCACUCAGCAGUACCCCGUCGAGGGAGUGAGCCCAGACGACAAGGAGUCGAGGACCCUCAUAACGAAUCUGUUUUCAUAGUCGGUCCAGUAGUAGCGGACGACGCCAAUGUGAUUGAAAAACACAUGCCUCCACGGCAAUCCAACAAGUCGGUGGAGCCAAAAAACCACCCAUACAAUGUUUAUUCGAACGACCCUAGGAAACCCAUUCUGUACACCACCGUGUCCAGAAGGAGACAAGGCAUGCGUGUUGGCAUACCUCCCGGCGAGAAUCAGAAAGAGAUCUUGGAGCAGAUUCUUGGACCAUUCAAAGACGAUUUAGUCAGAUUGUUUCUCGACCGAUUCAAUGCAGCGUUUCCCAUAUUCGACGGCGAAGCCUUCUGGGAAGCCUACAUAUCAGACUCGCCUAGCGAACCGCCGGCAUCUCUUUUAUGCCAGGUCUAUUCUAUGUCAUUAGUUCACUGGAAGCACACGCCUAAACUUGCUUGCCAUCCAAAACCAGAUGUCCGGUAUGCUGUAAAUCUGACCGUGGCAGCCCUUCACGAAGAAUUUUCCGCCCCGGGGCUGUCAACUAUCAGUGCAGCUCUCAUCGAUUUGUCUGGGCGACCUAUAUUUUCCAUGACCGGUAAUGCGAUCAGCUGUGGGCGGAUGGUAUCCCUCGCUCAUUGCCUUGGUCUGAAUCGAGAUCCUAGCAACUGGAAACUGUCCCAACAGGAGCAAAACCAGCGUGUUCGUCUCUGGUGGGCUGUUGUUAUUCAUGAUCGCUGGGGGAGUUUCGGACAUGGCGUACCUCCCCAAAUCGCCAGAAACCAGUACGAUGUGCCUCUCCCUACUGUCGAAGUCCUAGUACCUCCAGCGUCGCGCACACCUGAACGAGUAAGAGCAGCGCAUUGUCAUAUUGCGCUAUGUCGAUUGACCGAGAUUUUGGGCGAGCUGCUUCCGCUCGUCUACGGUCUUCAACUUCGAUUACCUCGCGAGACAACCAAGAAAAUCCGCCAGAUUCGCACAGAUCUAGAUGUUUGGGAAGAUUCGCUCCCAGACUGGUUAAGAUCUCCUCUAGGUUCGUCAGAAGAUCGGAUAGCAGGCCUCAGUAGCUUACAGCUAGCCUUCUUGGCCGUGAAGCUGCUUGUUGGGCGGGUAGAACUAAAUGAUGUGAACAAUUCAGAAACAGACCUCCCCGAAGCCCGCCGGUACUUCCAAACCGAGUGCCGAAAAGGAGCCGAAGAUAUCGUGCAGUUCAUCACAUCCCUCCGGAAAGAGAACUUCAAAGAGUUCUGGCUACCUUAUAGCGCCUUCCACCUAACCUCAACAGCAACGCUCCUCGUCCGCUGUGCCUUCGAAACCUCUGACCCCGAAGUCGCCCGCACCUGCCUAGCAAACGUCGAAUCCUUCCGCGCCAUCCUCCGCCGCGUCCGCGAAGAAUACGACUGGGAUGUGGCAGACAUGUGCCUCGACCACUGCGAGCGCAUCCUCAACCGCCUCCCCGGAAAUGGCCUCAACGGCACCACAUCUACCCUGGGCGUCCCUAACGCGCACGGGGCCGGCGGCGGCGCGGGUGUCAUGGGUCCGCCCGAUAAUACGAACGGGCUAGUUAACCCAGCAGCGAUUUCGAUUUCGUUGCCUGAGACGCAGACGAAUAAUGAUAUUGUAGAUGAUAUGAUGUCGAUCUCGAAUACCUUCGGGACCAUGGAUGGGUUUCCGUUUGAUAUGACGGGGAUCUGGGAUGUAUCGGUGUUUCAGGAUGUGAAUCUAACUUAA